AGUAGUUUGCAGUGAAUUAGAGGGCAUUUGUGUAUAACUUGUCAUUGAAUUCAGUCAUUCAGUCGUCUCUGAGACAGUGUUUGUGUCACACAAUCACACAAUUGGUGCCAAACUCUUAGCCACUCAUCGCCUCUUUACGACUAUUAUCUGGCGAACCAUGACUUCACUGACUAUCACCACAGUUGCCACCAAACCAUUCGAUGGCCAGAAGCCGGGAACCAGUGGUCUCCGGAAGCCGGUCCACACCUUCAUGGGAAGCAAUUACUCAGAAAACUUCAUCCAAUGUAUACUGAAUGCGGCCGAAGAUAAGGACACUCUUGUGGUGGGCGGUGACGGCAGAUAUCACAACACACACGUCGUCCAGACUAUUGUGGCCAUGUGUGCCGCCAAUCAGGUAAGGCGUGUAAUUGUGGGCCAAUCGGGCAUAUUGUCGACUCCGGCCGUUUCGGCAGUCAUUCGCAAACGACAGACAAACGGUGGCAUCAUUUUGACGGCCAGUCAUAAUCCCGGCGGACCUGACGGCGACUUUGGCAUCAAAUUCAAUACUUCCAAUGGAGGGCCGGCUCCAGAGUCGGUCACUAAUCACAUCUACGAACUCAGCAAAAGUCUCACUCAAUAUAAGAUCGUAAACAACUUGAAAGUCGAUGUCUCCAGAGUUGGUGUCCAGACCUUUGAUGUCUCAGACAAUAAGUUCACAGUAGAAGUGAUUGAUUCGGUCGAAGAUUAUCUGCAACUAAUGAAAGAGAUUUUCGAUUUCAAUGCAAUCAAAUCGUAUUUGUCUUCUCGUUCUUUGAAGAUAUUAAUCGAUGCCAUGAAUGGAGUGAUGGGUCCUUACGUUAAGCGCAUACUAAUCAGUGAAUUGGGCGCUCCUUCUGAAUCUGCCAUAAGAUGCUCGCCAUUGGAAGACUUCGGUGGACACCAUCCCGACCCUAACCUUACAUAUGCCGCCGAUUUAGUCCAGAGAUUAGAGUCAGGAGAGUAUGGUUUUGGAGCCGCUUUUGAUGGCGACGGCGACCGGAAUAUGAUUUUAGGCAAAAACGCAUUCUUCGUCACCCCUUCGGAUUCAUUGGCUGUUUUGGCCGAUCAUUUGGAUUGCAUUCCUUACUUCCAAAAGGGAGGCAUCAAAGGCUUUGCCAGAAGUAUGCCAACAGCCGGUGCUGUGGAUCGAGUAGCGCUUAAAACUAAUAAAGAGAUCUUUGAGACGCCGACCGGUUGGAAGUUCUUCGGGAAUCUAAUGGACGCCCAAAGACUGUCCCUUUGCGGCGAAGAGAGCUUUGGCACGGGUUCUGAUCACAUCAGAGAGAAGGACGGCUUGUGGGCAGUGCUCGCCUGGCUCUCUGUGUUGGCCAACACUCGUAAGGGUGUCGAAGAGAUUUUGGUGAAUCAUUGGAACAGAUUUGGCCGAAACUUCUUCACUCGAUAUGAUUACGAAAAUUGUGAGACAAAGCCAUCGAAUGAACUGAUGACCGAAUUGGAGAAACUGUUGUCGGGACCAGACUUUGUCGGCAAAACAUUCAGAUCUGGCGAUAAAGAGUAUACGGUUUCAGUGGCCGACAACUUCUCAUACAAAGACCCCAUCGAUGGAAGUUUGACUACAAAUCAAGGCAUUCGACUCAUUUUCAGCGACGGCUCAAGGAUUAUAUACCGGUUAAGUGGGACUGGCAGUCAGGGCGCCACCAUUCGGCUAUACGUGGACUGCUAUGAAAACGAGAAGUCACUGAAGUUGAGGGCUGACGCUCAAGAAGUCCUCAAACCUCUUAUUGACAUCGCUUUGCAAAUCUCUAAACUCAGAGAAUACACGGGAAGGGAUGCGCCAACUGUUAUCACAUAAGUCUUCAAAAGUCAAUUAUUUGCCAAUUAAUAGUUUAUUUACAGAAACAAUCGUUAAUUACCGGUUAUAUACAAAUUGUUUUUAUGGUUAUAAUAUAAAUGCAUUUAUUUUUCAAGAAUUUUAAUCAAAGUUUAAAUUUGUUUGAAUAAAGAGAUUGAGAUCUUA